UCCAAAAGUGCGCCAAAAGCGGAAUUUGGCGCGAAUUUGGAGGACUUCUUGUGCAGGAAAUGGUUCCACGACUUGAUCCGCGCCAUAGAAUGGGAGCAGAGGUUGUGUUCGGCGGCGAAAGACGUCUGCGAUUACGGCGCGACUCUCGUGGCGCGAGACAUUGUUCCGCGACUUCCGGAGGAAUGUCUUCAGUGCGCGAGAGACCACGCGUUCGGACAGCGCAAGCGCGUCGACGCCAACGUCACGGAAGCGGAAGUCGUGUUCGUCUUGGGCUGCGAUCUGCGGUCACGUGACGGUCAGCGAUUGGUCGCGAGUUUGCGGCGAAUGGCGAACGCUUUGAAGCGCGAGUUCGCCGGAAGAGGCGUUCGGACGCACUUCCGGUCAGUCGUCGCCAUCGGAGACGGCGUUUACCGACGCUUUUGGCCGAAAUCCGAGUCCGAACUCGACUUAAGGCGCGUUCCGUUCGAAACCCGAAAUCUUUCGCAUUCUCUGGACUUCCUUUUCGUGACGUCAUCUCCGGAGCGACCGCUCAGUCGUCACGUGAUUCUCGUCGAGUGCGCCGUCGGGUGCGCAGAGGACGCGUUGUUGGACUUCGGGAGCGCGCGAACGCAUCUCUUAAAUCAAAACCUUUUUCUUCACGUCUUCACUGAAAACGCGUUUAAAAUGCGGUCAAAGAAAGCGCGUCACGUGAUCGGAGUCGACGCCGAGCGCGCCUUCGUGUCCGCAUCCGGAGCCGCCGAUGACGUCACGGCCCGCGCUCUCCGCCAAUCAGUGUCGGCGUCGCGAGACUUGUGUCACGUGUUGGCGCUCGAGACCAAUGGAACCGUUUUUCGCACCAAAAGUUUGAAUUCAAAGAAUUCUCGCGCUCUCAUCGCCCGUCGAGUGGCCGACAAUCACGUGACGAACGCCUGUUUCGACUGCGACUGCGUGUCGGCCAGAGAUCACAUGACGGCUGCCGUCGAGUGCCGUCUGUGCGCCGAACGGGCGGCGACUGUGGGUUUGGCGGCCAAAGGGACGCCAUCUGGCGGUCACGACGUCGUCCAGGAGUGGACCGAAGAGGACGACAGGGAUGACGACGAGGAGACGAUAGACGACGGCGACGACGACGAAGCGGUCGACGAAUAGACGACACGAUAGCCUUCUAUUGACAACACUUUUCGCUCUCUAUUUUAUAACCACUUUUAUGACCACAAAAAGCACUUAUUAUUCGAUAGUAUUUCCAAAAUAACGGGUCUUUUGAAUGAAAUAAAACUUUUCGAUCGAAACGACAAAAACUCUUUUCGAAGACGAC